AUGGACGAGGUUCCCCUCUCUGUCCUUGACACCGAUUUGUACAAGCUUACAAUGCAGCAGGCGAUCUUACAGCACUUCCCCGAAGCCGAAGUGACCUACCAGUUUACCAAUCGAUCAAAGGAUAUGCGCUUUACUCGCGAAUAUGUCGAUAUGGCAUGGGCUCAUAUCCUUCGCCUCGAGAACAUGCAUCUCACUCCUGCUGAGCAUGCCUGGUUAUCUGAAGCAUGUCCUUACUUUACGCCGUCUUAUCUCUCCACCCUCUUAGCACUCCGGCUCGAUCCUUCGUCCCAAGUAACGCUCACCUACGUCCCUUCCGACGACGACCCAAACUACGGGCAAAUCGAGCUAGAAAUCAGGGGUCUGUGGUGGCAGACGAUCCUAUACGAGGUGCCGAUCAUGGCGGUGAUCAGUGAUGCGUACUUCAGAGUGGUGGACCAGGAUUGGAGCUAUGCUGGACAAGAGGACAAAGCCUAUGAGAAGGGAAAGACCCUCUUGUCACAUGGAAUUGCCUUCUCCGAAUUUGGCACUCGCAGGCGUCGCUCCUACCCAGCGCAGAAGACGAUCAUGCACGGCCUCAUUCGCGCCAGAGAUGAGCUGGAGGGCAAGCCGGGUAUGGGAAGCCUGAGCGGGACGAGCAACGUUCACUUUGCGAUGAUGUUUGGUCUUACACCCGUGGGAACUAUUGCGCAUGAAUGGACCAUGGGUAUCGCGUCUCUACUCGGCUACGAGCACGCCAAUGCCCAUGCGCUGGACCUCUGGGAAGACACCUACCCGACCAGCCCGUCCAACGCCCUUCACAUUGGAUUGACGGACACCUUCUCCUCCGAGGUCUUCUUCCGCGAUUUCCUCGCCGAUCCUGCGCGGGCCCGUCGCUGGAGAGGGCUGAGACAGGAUUCCGGUAGCCCAGAGGAAUAUACGAAAAGGGCGAAGCAGGUCUAUGACCAGAUGGGCGUCGACAGCCGGACGAAGAACAUCAUCUAUUCCGAUGGGCUGGACGUGCCUAGGUGCUUGGUACUGCAGAAGGUUGCCCAGGACAUUGGGUUUAUUCCAGCCUUCGGGAUAGGUACCAGUCUGACGAACGACUUUGUUCGGCUAAGCGAUGGGAAGAAGAGUCGGCCGCUCAACAUGGUCAUUAAGCUGCACUCGAUCAACGGCGUUCCCUGUGUGAAGAUCAGCGACGAGAUCACGAAGAAUACGGGGGAUGCCCAAGCGGUCAAGGAUGUCAAGGAACUACUUGGUUUGCCCGUUAAUGGCAAGCCAAAUGGCAAACAAUAG